UUGUCUUCUUCCUGCAUCUACUCAUUUCUAGGAGCUCGCUCACUCAGUCCGGCGGGUUCUCACGGCAGAACGAUACGAUGGCGGCGUGGACGGCGGCGGCGAGGCAAGCAGCGAACCUAUCUCGAUUUUCGGCUUCUAAAUCAGUUAGCUCAACGAAGCAAGGCGCUUUACUUAUCCAGCGGCGCGGUCUUGCCGGUGGUAGUGACCAUCAUGGACCUCCAAAGGUGAACUUUUGGCAGGAUCCGAUGAGUCCAUCAAAAUGGAAAGAAGAGCAUUUUGUGAUCGUCUCUCUUACUGGUUGGGGGUUGACCUUCUAUGGAGCUUAUAAGUUCUUCACAAAGGGAAAGAAAGAGAAGAAGGAAGAGAAAGUUGGUGACGGAUCCCACUAAUAUUUGACGUGCUUAAUUGCCUUGAAUAAAGAAGUUAGGAGGGCUAUGUGGUCCUCAAUUUUUGCCAUGAAGAAUGUUAAAUGGGUUUUCCCCCAUUUCCUCCACUUUUCUUAUUGGGACUGAAUUGCACAUGAAAUAUUGGACAAUCAACUAUGUAUAUUCUUCUUUUGCUUUUUUCUGUAGAAUGUUGGUUCAUUUAGGAACAUUUUGCCUGCUAAGUAUAUGAUGUUUCUUCUUUUUUGAAA